CAUCAGAGGGGAAGCGUGAAGCGUAGAACUUGUGCGUGUGCGCUUCUAGGUGCCACGACUUGUCGUUUGUUGUCCAUUUUGCGAGGCGAGGUGAGCACACGCAUCUCUCUGUGGCGUCCACGCGGGAUCAUAUCCGUGUGCGUGGCUUUGUCUCGUCCUCUGCGGCACACGGGAGAGAUUCACUGGGCGGAGAGAUCGAACAGGGCUGAGAUCUCGCGAUAGCUCCGGCGCUGGCUGUGGCUGGCCGUGGCUUUGCAGCAGCAGCAGCAGCAGCAGAAGGAGGCAGAAGGCAGGAGGCAGCAUCAUGGCGGACAGAGACAGUGGAAGCGAGCAGGGAGGAGCGGCCACGGGCCCAGGUUUCAGCUCCACGCACCUAGCGGCAGGAGGGGCGGGCUCGUCUUCCGGGCUCCAGCACGAGACGCAGGAGCUGGCCUCGAAGCGGGUUGACAUCCAAAACAAACGCUUCUAUUUGGACGUUAAACAGAACGCCAAAGGCCGCUUCUUAAAGAUCGCAGAAGUCGGGGCCGGCGGAAACAAGAGCCGUCUGACUCUCUCCAUGUCCGUGGCGGUCGAGUUCCGCGACUACUUGGGGGACUUCAUCGAACAUUAUGCCCAGCUGGGUCCCAGCAACCCGGGGAUGGUGCAGGAUGAACCUCGGCGAGCACUCAAAAGCGAGUUCCUGGUGCGGGAGAAUCGAAAGUACUACAUGGAUCUGAAGGAGAACCAGAGAGGACGCUUCCUGAGGAUCCGGCAGACCGUUAACCGGGGGCCCGGUUUGGGAUCGGCGCAAGGCCAGACCAUCGCGCUCCCUGCCCAGGGACUUAUCGAGUUUCGCGACGCUUUGGCCAAACUCAUUGACGAUUACGGCGUGGAGGACGAACCCACGGAGCUGCCAGAAGGCUCCUCGUUGACUGUGGACAACAAGCGCUUCUUCUUCGACGUGGGAUCCAACAAGUACGGCGUGUUCAUGCGGGUGAGCGAGGUGAAGCCCACCUACCGCAACUCCAUCACGGUGCCCUACAAAGUCUGGUCCAAAUUCGGGAAUACUUUCAGUAAGUACGCCGAGGAGAUGAAGAAGAUCCAGGAGAAGCAGCGCGAGAAGAGGGCGUGCGAGCUGCAGCAGCAGCAAGAGGAGAUGCAGCCGGACGAUGGAGACGAGGAUUGAUAUAGAGAUUAACACACAGACACACACACACGAGAAAACAUACACACACACACACACACACACAUACAUGCAAGAGUAAUGAAAAUAACCAGAGAAUUAUAAUUAAAACUCUACUGUAUAAAGAAAGAAAUGUAACUGUAUCCGUUUAACUCCGAGGGAGCAUCACCUGCAGUCAAAAAACCCACCAACCGACAGUUAUCACUCAUCGCUGGAUGUUACCCCACUUAUCCACCAUUAAUACAGUUAACAGGCUGCUAAACCAAGUAAUAACGUUAUAUUUGAACAUUGAUUCCUACUUGACAAACAAUAUUGAACUCAGUGUUUAUUUCCCUUAUUAACAG